GAAGCAGCUUCAGAUGUAUUCAGAGCUCAAGUUACAUGAACAAGGCAUCACUCUUGCAGAGUAUAUGAACUCCUUGGGCCUUUCGACAAUGGCGGCGAAAACCAAGGUUUCGCCCAUGCAGAACUCCAUGGAAGCAAUUGAUGACGACGAUUGCCUCGAGAUAUCCUCGGACUAUGAGCCUUUAGAGUCUCCUUCCAUCCGCCGUGGAUAAGACCCCAUGCCCGAUAAAUUAUUCCCGUCGGAAGGGUUUUCCCACGGUCUUCGAGGAGUACGGAGUUGGUUGGGUUGUCGAUGUCUGGUCGGUGAAUUCUUAGACUGCUGUAAAUAGGUAAAUUGACGAUAGAGGAUUGAAAAAU